CGGCUCAGCCCCGCCUUCCGCGCUCCACGAAAGGGAUUGACGGCUGCGUUCCCCGUGGCGUUUGGUGCUUCGUGGAACAGCCAUGGCUACCUUCCGCCUGGCCCUUAUCCAGCUCCACGUUUCUUCCAUUAAGUCAGAUAACAUUACCAGGGCUUGUAGCCUAGUCCGGGAGGCAGCAAAGCAAGGUGCCAAAGUCAUUUCUCUGCCGGAAUGCUUUAAUUCUCCAUAUGGAACAAACUACUUUCCUGAAUAUGCAGAGAAGAUUCCUGGAGAGUCCACACAGAAGCUUUCUGAGGUAGCCAAGGAGAGCAGUGUAUACCUCAUUGGAGGCUCCAUCCCUGAAGAGGAUGCGGGGAGACUGUAUAACACCUGUGCUGUGUUUGGGCCUGACGGAAAUUUACUGGUAAAGCACAGAAAGGUCCAUCUGUUUGACAUUGAUGUUCCUGGGAAAAUUACAUUUCAAGAAUCUAAAACAUUGAGUCCUGGUGAUAGUUUCUCCACAUUUGAUACUCCUUACUGCAGAGUGGGCCUGGGCAUCUGCUACGAUAUGCGCUUUGCGGAGCUUGCACAAGUCUAUGCACAAAGAGGCUGCCAGCUCUUGGUCUAUCCAGGAGCUUUCAAUCUGACCACUGGACCAGCCCACUGGGAGUUGCUUCAGCGAGCCCGGGCUGUUGAUAAUCAGGUGUACGUGGCUACAGCCUCUCCUGCCCGAGAUGACAAAGCCUCCUAUGUGGCCUGGGGACACAGCACUGUUGUGGAUCCUUGGGGGCAGGUCCUCGCCAAAGCUGGCACUGAAGAAAUGAUCCUGUACUCAGACAUAGACCUGAAGAAGCUGGCUGAAGUCCGGCAGCAAAUCCCCAUUUUAAAUCAGAAGAGAGCAGACCUCUAUGCAGUGGAGGCGAAGAAGCCCUGAAGUUGUUUCUAACAUGUCACAAGCAGGAUGAUACUGUGCCUGAUCACCUGAGUUCAAUCUUUGGGACCUACGAUGGAAGAAACCAAUCCUGGAAAGUUGCCCUCCACAUGUAUGCCUUGCAAUAAUAAAAAACGAAUUUUAGAACCCAUUUCUCUACUCACUGA